AUGUCUCAAAAUCAAUGGUAUAUUUAUGAUCAACAUCCAAUAUAUUCGCUCGGCGAUUAUGGAUGUGAUCGUUAUCGUCAAGUUAAUAAGCAAUACUUUUAUGAUUUACGGGAAAAAUGUUUAGAAUCUAAAUUGCUUUUUGAGGAUCCUGUAUUUCCUGCAAGUGAUGAAAGUUUAUUGCCAGAUUCAAAAGAUCAGUAUGAAUGGCUUCGUCCAUCAGAAAUCUGUGAGAAUCCUCAAUUCUUCGUCGAAGGCUACUCUCGAUUUGAUGUACAGCAAGGUGUUCUUGGCAAUUGCUGGUUUAUUGCAGCUGUAGCUAAUCUUACACUCAAUCCAAAGCUUUUCUUAAGAGUUGUAUGCGAAGACAAUACCUUUGAUGAAGAUCUUUAUGCCGGUAUUUUUCAUUUUCGGUUUUGGCAAUUCGGUAAAUGGGUUGAUGUUGUCAUUGACGAUCGCUUACCAACGAAAGACAAAAAGCUUGUAUAUAAUAAGUCAACAGACGAAAAUGAAUUUUGGCCAGCACUACUUGAGAAAGCAUAUGCAAAAUUACAUGGAAGCUAUGAGGCACUUGUUGCUGGACAUGCAAGUGAAGCACAUGAAAAUUUUUCUGGUGGAAUUACUGAAUAUUAUAACUUAAAUAGUGAUGAAGAAAGUGCUUUAAAUUUGAAGCACAUCCUCAAAGGGCUUGAGAAAAAUUCAAUGAUGGCAUGCUCAAUAAGGCAAUAUGAGACAGACACUGGACCAAAUAGAACACCAGAAGGUUUAGUGAGAGGUCAUGCAUAUUCAGUUACAAAAGUACAGCAUGUUAAGCUUAAUGGAGGAGGUGAAAUUCUGCUGCUACGGUUGAGGAAUCCUUGGGGAAAUGAAGUAGAAUGGAACGGUCCAUGGAGUGACAAAUCAAAAGAAUGGCAACUUAUACCAGAACAUGAAAAAGAGGAAAUCGGCUUAACCUUUGACUUUGAUGGUGAAUUCUGGAUGACUUAUGAUGACUUUCUGAAUCAUUUUGACAUCUUAGAGAUCUGUAAUUUAUCAUUUGAGUUAUUAACUGAUCAGCAAAUUAUAGGCUUAAAAAGGAAGUUUAGUUUGAAUCAGUUUCGCGGAGAAUGGGUAGCUGGUGUGUCUGCUGGUGGAUGUGAUGAUCCAGAGAAGUUUUAUCGUAAUCCACAGUAUAUAAUCCGUCUUAGAACUCCAGAUCAUGACAGUGAAGAUGGAAAAUGUUCAGUUGUUAUUGCAUUAAUGCAAAAUAAUCGUAAAAUUAAGAAAGAAGGCUUAGAACUGCUUUACAUUGGCUUCAAUAUGUAUUCACUAUCUGAGAGUGAUUUAAAGCAAAAACCAUUCAGGAAGGAUUUCUUUGAACGGAAAGAGAAUCUGACAGAUGGAAUGACAUUUGUUGACUUACAUGAAAUGAGUGCUCGAUUUAAACUCCCUCCUGGAUAUUAUUUGAUUGUUCCAGCUACUUUUGACGUCAAUGAGGAAGGGGAAUUUUUGAUUCGUGUUUUUACAGAACAUGAAAGUAAAUUUGAGGAGCAUGACGAUGCAGCUGAGAUAAGAGAAGUUGACUCGAUGAUCGCUGACAAUCUUCCAGAUAUCAAUUUCCCAUCAGACAAUUGGUUGCAAAUUGAGAAAUUCUUCUAUGACAUUGCUGAUGAUAGAAAGGAAAUUGGCUGGAUUGAGUUGAAGAAAAUAUUGGAAUUUUCUAUGAUGGAAACAAAUGCUAAUUUAGCUGCAAAGCAAACAGCAGAAAGUAAGCAAGAAGAACAAAGACCCCAAAGAAAUUUUCUGCAAAUUAUCUGGGAUUCUAUGACUUAUAAAGAGAUUUUAGAUCCACAAGUAGGAGUAUCGAUGUUUAGUAAUGUUAUUAAUGAUGGAAUUCUACAAGCAAUGAAUCCUGCGCAAGAUCCAACACAUGUGGAGUUUUCAAAAGAAGUUUGCCGCUCGAUGGUUGCAAUGCUGGAUUAUGAUCGAUCAGGCAAACUAGGAAUGGAUGAAUUCAAGAAAUUGAUGUUUGAAAUAGCCAAAUGGACGAUUGUAUUCAAACUGUAUGACAAAGACCACAACAAUAAAUUGGACACUCAUGAGCUACGUAAUGCUCUAGAAUCAGCUGGAUAUCGGCUAAAUUACCGAAUUUUAAUUUCACUUGUGUAUCGUUAUGGAUCAACUGAUAAAACAAUGACAAUUGAUGACUUCAUCAUGUGUGCUGUUAAAGUUAAGACAAUGAUCGAGAGAUUUAAAGAGAAAGAUUAUUACAGAAGGAAUCAAGCGCUGUUUACCAUUGAAGAAUGGAUUGAACAAGCUCUUUAUUCGUGAUUAUUUGGCUCCAUCACCAGUUCAAACCUGCAAAAAAUUCAUAUUAUUUGUUUAACAUCAUUUAUAAAAGAUCCCCAACAAUUUUUUUAAAAGAUUAUGAACUUCAUGAACUGUUGUUACCUUGCAAAAAACUAUAAUAAGUAUUCCAUAUAUAUAUAAGCUAAUUGUAUUGAAACCACAUGACCAAU